GCCACAAAGGUACCAACGCCCAAUAAGCUAUAUAGCCUAGCCUACCGGUUGAAAACAGGCGACAAACGAUCAUGUAACCGAAACAUGCAGGAGUCGACAAAGCCGAAGAUGCUUCUUACAUGCAGUUUGCUCUUGCGGCAUGAAUUGCAAUAAACGUGGUUACGUGGGGAUACUGUAGCCUAUUGAAUGAUGUAGGUCUCUUGAGCAUCAAGAGACGCAUCGCUGUAUUACAUGGAUGUCUAGCCACUACUACUCCUAAAAUACAAUUUCGACAUAUUCCCAUCAACUCAUCACUGGUGAAGAGGGUGUCUGCUCUGACCACACAGCAGUCAGGAGCGCCAUGUGGAGAAGAACCGCCCUACAUCUCUAUCUCUUUCUGCAAUGUCUGGAAGGUGUAGUGGCGACUCAGUGCUGGAAGGGGGAGACCUUUUCGGAGGCUGUGGUGUCCCCGGCUCUGAGGAGCAGCAGCAUCCUGCGGGUGCCCAAUGUGGACACCUUGGCCCAGUGUGUUGGGGCUUGCUGUGACCUGCCUGGCUGUGACCUGGCCUGGCUGUUCGAGCAACGCUGCUACAUCCUCAGCUGCCAGAAAUGGGCCAACUGCCAGCCCAGACAGAGGCCUGGGGCAGAUUCCCACCUGACCUUCCUCCAGCGCGGGGAGCCCCAGACGCUGGUGCUGAAGUCGCUGGUGCGAGGUGAGCCCUACCGCAGCCGCUGGAGGCUGCCUACCAGGCCGUCUGGGGACGUGGAGGCCCUGAAGGACCUGGCCCUGUUCGACGAGGCUUCCCGCAGUUUCGGCGACCCUGGCAUGAUGGCGUUGGAGUAUUCGGACGGGGAACUCAGUCCUGAAGAUAACGGCGCUGAGCCGGAUGUCACAGGAGGCGCAGGGGCAGAGGAAGUGUUUCCGGAUUGGCCUGCAGAGUUGAAGGAGAGAGACGGUUUCAACCAAUCAGAGAUUGAGAAUGGGCCAGGGGGGUGGCCGGCUGAGUCCAGCAUGCCCAAAUAUAGUCACUCCACUGAGGCGACAGUCAAUCACGCACCACCCCCUAGUGACCGGAGUCCUACAUUUAGCCCCACCCCUGCAGAGAGAAAUAGUGACCUACAGAAUGCACCUUUAAACAACUCCGAGUCUCCAGCCCUCAUGCCCUCAUCGCAGAACUCCACCCAACAUAGCCAAACAAGGCCUUCCGAAGCCACUCCCCUCAUCUCCAUCACAACGCCUUUCUCCCUUCCCACUCAACCAGUCAAAGCCCUGCUGGUGUCACUGGGAGACCCCGUGGAGGUGCUGUUUCCCAUUGAUACUGUUGAGCUUGUGGCCUCGGUCAGCCCAGAGCCAGAAAUAGGAUCAUUCUUCAGGUACAACUGGGUUCUGGUUCAUUCCACUGAUGGCCACAAGGAGGUGAUAGACGGCGAACACAGUAGGGCAGUUCGACUCAGAAAUAUGUCUGUCGGGCAUUACGUUGUCUCAGUGGUUGUAUCUGGAGAAGGCGUAUAUGGAGAGUGUGAAGUUAACAUGACUGUGAACCAAGCAGUGACGUUGAGUCAGCCCCCCACGGCUAUCGUUGUCCCGACGACACAAACCGUGUCGCUUCUCGCCCGUGACACCAUCAUCAACGGUAGCAAGAGUCGAGACGAUGGAGGGAUUGUCAUCUACCACUGGGACCAGGUGGCAGGUGCACCUGUGGAGCUUGGGCCCUCCUUGGACUCGCAGAUCCUUAGUCUUCCCACUCUGAUGCCUGGAGAGUACGUGUUCAAUCUGACGGUGACUGAUUCAGACAGCUUAUCAGACUCCGCCACAGCUUUAGUGAAGGUCGUCCAGCCUGAGAGGGAUGACCUCUCCUUCCCCCACGUUCCUCCUGCCGUCACAACCAGGAUCCCCGGCCCUGCCCUCAGCUCAACCCUCAAGGAGGGGGACCCCACCCCAGCCAGAUCACCCGACCUCCCCCCUGACACCACUACUGUCAAACCAGAGACAGGUGACGUCCCCGUAGCUGAGGUCAAGCCAGAGUCAAACCUGGCCCCUAAAGCCCUAGUGGGGCCGGACAGACAGCUGACCCUCCCGGUAACCAGCAUUAUGCUGGACGGCAGCGGCUCCACAGAUGACCAUGGCAUCGUCAGCUACCACUGGGACACCAUCAGCGGCCCACCUGGAUUGAAAAUAGAACGUGUGGAUAAAGCUAUUGCCACAGCGACGGGCCUCCGCGCAGGUCGCUACACAUUCAGGCUGAUCGUGAGUGACCAAGAAGGAGCCACAGACAGUGCCUCACUGACCAUAAGGAUCCAGGAGGCUAGAAACUUUCCCCCUGUAGCCCAUGCCAGUGGCAGCCACACCCUCACUAUGCCCAACAACUCCCUGGUUCUCAGGGGUUCCGUGACAAAUGGUAACCCAGCUGAGGUGCGCUUCCUGUGGGUGCGGGACAGCCAGAGUCCUGCUGCUGGGGAUGUUCUGUAUGGGUCGGUAAACCAGGCCUCGCUCUACCUCGCCAACCUUGUAGAGGGGACCUAUCUGUUCCAGCUCCGUGUGACUGACUCCCAGGGACGCACCAGCACUGCCACAGCCACCGUGGAAGUGCGCCCAGACCCCGGGGGGAGUGAGGAGGUGGAGGUGGAGAUGCUGGUGGCUGUGGCCCAGGUGAGCGUGGCUCAGAAGGACACGGUGCUCAGGCAGCUGGCCGCGCUGCUCCACGUGCUGGACACCGACAUCCACCUCAGAGGGCUCAGAGGACACUCCGACCUCAGCACAGUGUUGAGGUUCUCGGUGCAGGGCCCAGAGAGACCGGUUCCUGGUACCAAACUGGCCAGUUUGUUGCGGACUCAGCUGCUGAGAGAAAAGACUGACUAUCUGCUCUUCAGAGUCCUCCGUGUGGACACAGUCCUGUGCCUGCUUCGAUGCUCCGGGCACGGGCAGUGUGACCCCGUCACCAAGGAGUGUGUCUGCGACCCCUUCUGGACAGAGAAUCUCAUUCGUCUCUUCCUCGGCGACGGAGAGAGCAAUUGUGAAUGGAGAGUGCUGUAUGUCGUCAUCUCCUGCUUCAUGGUUGUAGUUUUCAUCAUGUCCUUCACCUGGGCUUUCAUCUGCUGCUGCAAGAGAAGAAGGCGAACCAAGAUCAGAAAGAAAACCAAGUACACCAUCCUUGACAACAUGGAUGAACAGGAGAGGAUGGAGCUGCGGCCCAAAUACAACAUCAAACACAGGAGCACGGAGCACAACUCCAGCUUGAUGAUGUCAGAGUCGGAGCUGGACAGCGACCAGGACACCAUCUUCAGCCGCGACCGGCCCGUCAGGAGCAGGAAUCGAGCCAGCGUUCAAGCUUCCCGAAACGGAAACGCUUUUGGGUGAGCGGGGAAAUGGAGGCAGACCGACAAUCGUUUUUGAGAGCCCCCAUUGAGACCAUAGUUGGGACAAAGGAUCAACUGGAUUUUGUACUUGUCUUUUUAUGUGUAGGCUCACCUGGACUGGCCACGUAUCUGUACUAUGAUAUACAGUCAGUGAAGGUCCAGAGCGGGGUGUAGGCCUGCAGACUUUAGGACCCUGAAUCUUGACUCUUGAAAUGGAUGAAUUUACAGUCAUAGAGAAGUGGUGGUUAUUUGAUACAGCACUUUAAGGACCACGGUGCACUUUGCCCAGCAGCCUCAUGUACUCCUACGGAUAUCAACCUAGCCUGUGAAUGUAGAGUUGUCAUGCACACUCACUACUAGCCUGUACUGACAUGUACCUUCCCUCCUCAACAAUAAAGCUACUUGAAAA